GUUGAACAAACGACCUUGCCCUUGUGUUUUACCGGACGCAAAGAGGCGAAGAUAUACCCAAAAUAAAGAUCGAUUUACCGAGAAAAUAAGAAAGAAGAGAUAUCGGUGAGCGGUCCACUAUGGCACAUUUUGUGUAUCCGGCAGCAAAUGCCCAGCCAGCUGCCGCUUACCCAACUGUCCAGACUGCAUACGUGGCUGCAGCACCCCAAGCGGCCUAUGCCACUGCUGCCCCCAGAGCUGGACAGGCAUAUGAUAGUUACCAAACAGCACAUGCUACACCUCAGUAUGCUUACACAACAAGAACACAAGUGGCUGUAACACCUGCUGCCACAUAUGACCAGAAAGCUUACUACCAACCUGCGGCACCUUCUUAUACAGCUGCUGAAACUCAUUACCAACCAGCAUACACUGUUUCAGCUGCAGCAGCAAAGCCGGUGUAUACAACAGGCGCUGCCUACAGUACACAGCGUGCCGCUGCUCCAAAGGCUCAGACGCAAGUGCAAGUGUCAAGUGCUCCGACCUAUGUGUAUCCCACUAACUCCACACCUGCUGUCACCACCUACGCCAGCAACUAUGCCACAAACACUACAUCCAGCAACACAACAGCAUAUACAACAAAGGCCUCCACUGGUUCCAACUACAACACCAUAAAACAAACAGUACAGCCUGUUGUUAUAAAAGGAUAUGAUGCUGCUCUUUACUCUGCAGCAACAUCCUAUUAUCAGCAACAGCAGGCUGCCAAAACACCAACCGGUACCUGGCAGCUCAAGAAACAGGGCCAACAGGUUGGCAAACCAAAGCCAAAAGUCCCGCCAAAACAGCCACAGCUGCACUACUGCGAUGUUUGCAAAAUCAGCUGUGCAGGGCCUCAGACAUACAGGGAACAUCUGGAAGGACAAAAACACAAAAAGAAGGAGGCCGCAAUGAAGUCUGGAAACAACUCCCAGCCUGUUGGACGUGGGGGUCAGAAUCAACUGCGCUGUGAGCUAUGUGACGUCACAUGUACAGGAGCUGAUGCUUAUGCUGCCCACAUUAGAGGAUCAAAACAUCAGAAGGUCCUGAAGCUACAUACCCGACUUGGGAAGCCAAUUCCCUCUACAGAUCCUGUGAUCGUGUCUCCAACAUCUGCUGGGUCAUCCACCACUGCCAAGACUGGCACAUCCGCUACAUCUACCACAGCCACAGCCACCAAACCUACCACCAAACCAGCUCCUGUAGUCACAACACAACCCACCAUCACCAAGAAGGUCCUGUCCACUCCCAAAAUCACCUUUGUUGGAGGUACACAACUCAAGACACUCGGGACCAAGCCUGAGGAGGUGAAGGUGGAGCCGAAGAUUGAGCCCAUGGCAGCAUCUGCAUCACUAACAGAUGAUGACAAGGAAGAUGAGGAUGGAGACAAGUUGAAUAUCCUUGGAGAGAAAGAUGUGGCACCUGUUGGUCAUGAGUACAUAGAAGAGGUGAAGAAUGAGCAAGGAAAAACCAUCAGCUUUAACUGCAAAUUGUGUGAAUGUAAAUUCAAUGAUCCAAAUGCUAAAGAGAUGCACAUGAAAGGUCGCAGGCAUCGACUACAGUAUAAGAAAAAAGUAGACCCCAGCCUGAAUGUUGAGGUAAAGCCAAGCAUCAGAGCAAGGAAGAUCCAAGAGGAGAAGAUCCGACGGCAAGCGCAAAAAGAGGAAUACUGGCGACGUCGCGAGCAGGAGCAAAGGUGGCGCGACGAGAUGAGAAUGGAAGAUGAGCUGUAUUGGGAGGAGAGACGACGGUACGAGGACCAGGAGUACUUUGAAUGGCAGAGGCAAGGUGGACGACCAGGCAUGGGACCUCCAAGGCCUUUCCUUCACGGACCUGGAGGACCACACAUGUUCCAGCCUAUGAGAAGACCCGAUUCCUCAGAUGAUCGCCAUGUGAUGGCCAAACAUGUUGCAAUUUAUCCAAAUGAAGUAGAGCUUCAAGCUGUACAAAAUAUUGUAUCUUUGUGUGAGAAGUCUUUGAAACAAGUGUCAGACUUUUUAACAGACAGCAUUAAUCCAAAAAGCAUGGAUAUAGAUAAAGAUGCUGCAAAGAAAGAAUCUGAUAGUAAAGAAGGGGACAAAAAGGAGGAUCCAUUGGCUAAUCGUGUGUUGAAGGGUGUAAUGCGAGUGGGAGUCCUAGCUAAAGGUCUACUCCUUCAUGGGGACCUUAAUGUACAUCUUGUGGUUCUGUGUUCAGAAAAACCCACACGCACACUCUUAGAGCGAGUGGCAGAUGGCCUACCAAAACAGAUUGCAGCAGUGACAGAAGAAACCUAUGAAGUUCGACGGUGUGUGGAGGAAGCUGCCAUUAUUGUGACAAACAACAAGGAGCCCAAGACUACCUGCAGCAUUACUUUGACAUCUCCAGUCAUGCGGGAAGCUCAACUGUCUGAUGGAGAGACCUCUGCUACUGUAAGCGUCAAAGACCCACCGGAUGUGUUGGAUAGGCAGAAAUGCCUCGAUGCUCUCGCAGCCCUUCGCCAUGCUAAAUGGUUUCAGGCUAGAGCGAACGGACUGCAGUCUUGUGUUGUUGUGAUCCGAAUCCUACGUGACCUUUGUCAGCGUGUUCCUACAUGGACUCCUCUAAAUGAAUGGGCCAUGGAGUUACUUGUGGAGAAGUGUGUGAGUAGUGGUGGUGCCAAGAUGAGUCCCGGCGAUGCUUUACGCAGAGUCUUUGAAUGUCUAGCAUCAGGGUUACUCCUACCAGGUGGGCCGGGGUUGUAUGAUCCCUGUGAAAAGGACCCGGCCGAUGCUGCUGCAUCACUUACACCCCAGGAACGAGAGGAUAUCACUGCAUCUGCUCAGCAUGCUCUGAGGCUGAUAGCAUUCCGACAGAUCCACAAGGUGUUGGGUAUGGACCAGUUGCCAGCACCAAAAUUCCAACGACAAAGGAUGAAUCCUCGCAAGCGACGGAGGAUGGACAGUGCUACAGGAGAAGGCGAUGAAGUGGGAGAGAAGAAAGACAAAAAGGAUGAAGAUCAGACGAUGGAAACAGCUGAUGGAAAGCAAUGAAAUAUUUGUGAUGAAUGAGGAGUGAGAAUCUGACUUAAAAUUCAUACAAGAACAGCAUUUGAUAAGGACUUCGUGUUUAUCGGUUCUCCAUUCUCAAUGUUGUCUGGACUGGUCGUUCUGAACACUAGAUAAUAUUUUGAGUUUCUGAGAGAAUGGGGAAAACCCUAUGUUUAAAGGCAUUCUUUAAGUAGGUUAUUUCUAAUGUGUUGCAUAUUUUGUCCAUGUUACAAAAGGAGACUUGAAAAUACUUUAGUAGUUUGGUGAAAAUGUGUUCAUAUUUGCUUUUUCUUCAGAGGUUCCUGAAUAUGAUAUUCUACCUUAUCAACACGAUAUGUCUCUUUGAUGUUGUGAUAUAUUUUUUUUUAAUUUACAAUUUCUGUUAACGUUGUUUGUGUUACAAUUUUAUCUGAUCAUGUUUAAAUCUUUCAACGGUCACUAUCAUUUUAUUACAGUAUCAUAUUUACUAUUUGUUAAUACGAGUAUUCUGCAGAUCAUAAUAUGUGGCUUCAAUGUGUUUCAUUAUUAAACUUUUUAACAUAUGAUCAUUAUAUCUUUUGGUUCAAUAUAUCAUGAUUUCUUACUAAAAGUGAUUUCACAAACUUAAUUUUUUCUACUAUUUUGUUUGAUUCCUUUCUCCUGGGUUAUGUUGAAUUUCUAAUCAUAUAGAUAUUUUAAAAUAUGACCAUUUAUGGGAAUUGGUGUUCAAUUGCCACAUUUAAUAAUUUUUGUAAUUUGUCUGACUUCAAUACAGCUGCUAGUCUUUGUGUUAUGCUUUUGAAGUGUGUAAAAAGGUCAAGGUUACUCUGGCAAAUCUGUAUACAUAGUCGGUCUACUUCAAAAUAUGGUUGUAGACAUUGAGGUUUAGUUGUAUACUAGAUGCAGGUGUGUUCUUUCGUCAGUAUUUAGAUGUAUAAAGUUGUGUCUGUACGACUGUAUAUUGCAGUCAGUGUGUUCGGACAGUCCCCCUAGAAGUAUGAUAACUGGUAUACAACAUAUUAUUUCUGUACAUGUACUUGUAUCAGGUACAUAUACAGACUUCUACCAUUUAUUAUUGAUUUUUAUAUACUGAUAUAUAAUUGUUGUGUUGUGUCCAGAAAUUAUGUUUUAUGAGAAGUGCACACACAUCUAUAUAUUCCCACUAUUAUGCUGUAUAGCACUGGUAGCAGACUAGAUGUGGUCGUGAGCAUAAGGUGUACGAGUGUAGUCUACCAAUUGUAAGAUAAUAUUGCAGACUCAUUAUGCUGAUAAUGUUUAUUGGUUAAUGGAUCAAUAAAUAUCUUUAUAUGUGUAUCUA